AUGGUUGCCGGCUUUGUAAAAGCAGAAAGCACAAAUCUGCCAAGAAUUGACGCAUUGAUGGUUGGUGAAUUUGUUGCACUAACCCCCAUUUCUGCUCUGCGGAGCAGAGAAACGACAAGGCAUCUAUGUAAGUACAGUGCAUUUAGUAUUACAAUGUAGUAAUAAACAUAAAACUGAUACAACAU